AUGGUGGACACUACAACUGCUCUUAGUGGCUUGGCUUAUUUAAUGCUUCCUUGCCUUGUCCUACCUUUUUAUAUACUUCUAACCCAUGUAAUGGUAACAAACACCUCAGUAAGAAGGCUGGCAUCAAAUCGUCUCGUGACUCAGUUGAACGUAGCAGAUUGCAUACAAUUGGUACUCCACUCUAGCAGCGGAAUUUUUGUUCUCUUUCCACGAAUAGCUGAAAAUAACAUAUAUAUUGUCAGAACUGUGGGAGCUUUGAUCAAUGCAGCAUGGCUCGUCACCUUUCCAAUUCUCUGUCUGCUAGCCGUUACACGUAUACUUAUAAUAUAUCAGUAUGCAUCACCUUUGAAUACUAUAGGUGUAAUGAAGAAAUGUACGGCGUGCUGUUCUUGA